AUGUUCAUUCCUUCUCUUAUCUCUUUUACUGCCUUUUCUUCCCUCCACUCUCUUCAUUCCUCCUCCUCUUAUCUCCCAUUUCUCUCACCCUUUUUUAGUUUUUCUUUAACUCCCCUCUCUUCAUUCCUUCUCUUACUUUUUCUCUUGCCUUUUCUUUCACCCGCUCAUGAAUGUUCUGUUACCUUUUCUCUCCCUUUUCUUGCUUUUCCCCUCCCCUUCUGUUCAUUCUUUCAAUUAUGUUAUUCUCUCCCUUUUUUUACCUCUUCUUUUUCCCCCCUUCUCUCCUCCCUCUAUUUGCUUUACCUUUCUUUUGUCCUUUCUCUUUCUUUCUACUUCUGCCUCGUUUUGUUAUUUCUCAACCCUCUCCUUUUCUGUAUGGCUCACGUUUCUAAAACCGACGAUUACAUGUUUUUCCUGCAGCCCUCCCCGACUUCCACCAAUUACAAUCCUUUAUUCCUGCAGCCCUCCCCGACUUCCUCCAAUUACAAUCCUUUAUUCAUGCUGCCCUUUCUCUCUGACACAGAAAUCACAGAUCACUUGCAGACAAUGACCUUGAAUUGUUCCAAUUUACAAACAUCUACAACCAGCAAAUCUCACAUAUAA